UAAAUAACCUGGCGCGAACACUAUUCUCUGCUCCCCACCCACGCAGCUUACAAGAUAACUCCUGCGGAUAUGCUGAUCACAUGCAAAUUAUAUCCAACGCUGUUCAAGAAUGGGAUUCCGCAUUUAUUUCAUUCACAAAGUCUUGCAAACACUUAUAUGAAAGUCGUAAAGAAAAUAAUCUGCUAGUUGAUGUCCAACCGUGUUUUUCGUUUCCGAUUCUAAACGAACUCAUUGAAACACGCUUAAGUAUUUCCAUGAAAUUAGCUGUUGGCAAAUACCAAGAAAAAUCAUUCGAUGCCAGAGACAAAUUUAAUCAUUCAACGGAUCAUCUAUUUUCUGCUCUAAAUUCAUUUGCCGAAGCCGUUAUAAACCAUUACGUUCUAAACAGUCGCCUUCCUAAAGUUGUCUCAAUUCAAAACAUCCUGAAUGUAAUAAAUUCCUUUAAAAAUAUGUUGGCUGAUGAGUGCGAUGCAAUCAGAUUAUUCCACUUUAAACAAGUUUUUGAUGAUUCAUUUGACACUAACGACAAGUGGACCAAUUACUUUCUGUCUAGUGAUUCUCUGAGUAAACGUACUUGGUGUAAUGAUUUUAUUGUACAGUUAAAUACCUUGCUAGAUUUUUUGAUAUAA